AUGAUUAGCGCUUCCAAGUAUCGAGUUCCGCUAAAGCUAGCACAAAAGCUCAGCACGGAGAUGGAGCCUUCUCUCACCUCUAGAGUCGUCGUCCUCGCCUAUGCGUGGACCGACAUGUUUAAACGUGACCUAACUACUUCUCUGAAAAAGCAGAACGAACCAGACUUUGGACAGGCUGCAGACACAGGCACCAGGUGUGAAUUUAAACCGCAAAACCACUCCACGAAAUUAGGAAUAUGA